UCUAGUUGCUUUACAUCACCAGACACACAUACGGCACAAGUCCGGGAGUCGAAGUCCGCGAUCAUGUCGCGCUGACGGCAGGUCAAAGAACGCGAAUAGCAAACUCACGAGCUACAUGUGGCGCUGGACUCUCCCAAGUGGCGUUCUCAGUCGGAGCAGAGUAAAAAGAAGCCGACGUUGAAAAGAUUGUGAGAGGGACGGAGCAGAGAGAGAAGGAGAACGAUGGAUAGAGCGAGAAAGACCGAUCGAAAAAGACAGAAAAGGAGAGAUCAAGGGAAAGAGAGAGAACGGGGACACGUGGUAUUCAACAGCUGCCGUUGAACGUGUUCAAUGCCGCGGUUGAAGCAAGAAAGCGGUCGCUCGCAACGCUCGACUCUUCGUAGAAGGAGGGGAUGGAACAGUGUGGGCCGGUCGGAGCGGCUCGCUUCGUGUUCUUCAUGGACUUCAGUCUCUCUCUAUACGUACCAAGAGGUAUGUUGCCAUCGCCGGUUAAGCACUGUAAUACUUGGACUUGCGUAUUCUGAUCGUUCGAGAGGCACCAGCACCUGGACCGUCAAUGUACGUUGAAUGGAAGAGAGCGAGAUCUGCACCGACAAAACUCAUCCGGUAGGUUCUCCAAUUGACAACAGAAAGGAUACGCGUGAACCAAAGUAUACUCUCUCUUUAAACUGUCGAAUUGAAUGGUUUGCCGCCUUUGCAAGUUACCGCUCUUCCGCGAUAGGACAAGCUUGACUGAUGAAACCAGAGGUUGAGACAUUGAAAGAGAGGCUGUGACAUUAAGACGUCGAUAUAUAUACAUGUACAUAUGUACAAUUGCAAAAAUCUAAUUAAAUUGAAAGCAAAGGAAACAAAGUUGAAAAUAAUUCAAGCCAUAGCUUUUCUGGCAAAGUACAAGCAAUUACGAGGAAGUUGGGUGUACGAAUGUGUCCGGGCACGAUCCUAAUGUCGGUAUAAUGGAGAUGAUCCUGCAUCAAGAUCCAUCGGAAAACGCAGUGCAAAAAAGUAUAUAGCGACUACAUAUAUAGUUGACAGGCGAUGAGUAAGAAGCGGUGAAGCAACUCUGUACUCGUUAACCGGUUUCCGCGGGUCGGCAUGCAGAGCGACACGUAGAAAAGACUAUACGCCAUCGAGUGGAACUCUCCAUCCUUCAUACAUGUGCCACACGUAUGUACACCUCGCGAUAGAACUGGUCCCGCCGAUUCAUGACGUCGCCAUCAUCAUCCGCUAAUAAUAUCCGCAUAUGUCGCGGGAGACUCGACGACUGCGAAAAAUCCGCGAGAGAAAUAAGAAUUCGAUGACAGAGUUCUCGAAAACUUUUCUGAAUGUAUGUACCCUCGGUGCUGCUAUCGUAUUUGCAUUAUGAUACAUAUCAGCAUCUCCAAUCGCAUUAACUAUCCAAGGAGAUUUCUCUCUCGAACGGUGCUCAUCUGCAUGCUGCUAUGAAAUGUAAACUGGAAUUUCGUUUGGAUUUCAAGAGGCGCUUGGUCUGCGAAAGACGCCGAAACUUCGUCGUAGGAAUAUUUCCUCGGAGAAAGGCGUUGGAUAUAGUAAAUACUUUAACGUGUCGACACAUGCCGGCAUGUCGGUACAUGCACUUUGGUGCAUUAGAAAGUGCGCUGCAUGGUGUCGUGAAUGUGUGAUCAGAAAUGUGUGGAAUAUCAAUGUUGGAAGUGCAAAUUACCGACGUAAAUCGGUGUGUCUUUUCGGAUGAUGUAAUGAUGAUAUCGAAUUAUUGCUUUAUUAUUAAAUUUAAGUAAAAGUCAAUCGCACGUUAUUCGAGCAUCUUUGAAGAGAAAAUAUCUCUUUAGCGGGACUUAAGAAAUAGCAAAUAUACGAAGCGACGAGCGAUUCAUAUAUUCUCACAGAAGGACGAGCAAGUACAACGGUCGCUGUGGCAUGAGGAGGUUUGCACGCAGGCGCAAUAUCCUGACCGCAUUCUCUGCGAUUAUGGGACGCCUUGGUAAAGGCUCGCAGAGCUCAACAAGGCCCAUUUUUAGGGUGCAUUAUCGCAAACUCGUGGACGAAUACUCGCAGCAGGAACAAUUAAAGUUCAUGCCUGCGCUACCUGAUUACAUGUCGUAUUGCUGUUGUCGAUGUGGUCACACACAAAAGCUCAAAGCGGAGGAGCUGAACACCAUCGUUGGCAAUGCUUUCCGCAUGGCGUACGUGGCGCAGCUUCAACGCCAACCGAUCCUUCAAGAUGUAAUCUCAUCGCGAUCGACGCCAUCUUAUCGCAAAGACAAACAGGAGCAUCGAACGUCGUGGAACAAAUCGCUGUCCGAAGACGAUACGAUCGCCGCGGGCGCUUGCAGAAGUCCGUCGUCGAACUCGUGGUUGAAAAGUCGGACAUCGCCCACCUCUAGAAUUGGAAGGGGUUCAUCUGCAACGGAUAUGAACGUGCAGCUCGGCAGCGCCGGCUCGCCCACGCUGCGACUUUCUGGCGUAAAGGCGCCGAACACGAUCCCAGGUCUGCGGCCAUCGUUCACGAACGUUCUCGGACCCAUAACGAACGAGGAUGGGCCGAAGAGCAUAUCCCAGCAGAGCACGCCGAGCAGCGAUGAGAGCAACUCACCGACCGAGUUAAACUCGUACAAGAGGCUAACGGACAAGCCGCCGCUGAUAAAGCGGCUGGCGAUGGGUUUGACAGGUGGACGCGACGUUCUUGGGCUGAACAGUGAGGAUGACAGCUGCCCGCUCGUCAGCGGUAGCAGCACGCCAACCAGCCCAUCGAACAGGCCCCAUUCCGGGGGCUACAUAAACGAGGCGAUCAUCGACUCGGAGGGUACGAGGCCGUCCUACAACAAGAUCCCGCCGUCCGAAAGCCUCGACAACACCAUCAACGCGUCCAUCACCGCGAAGAACUUCAACAUCGAGAACAACAGGAUAGGACACAAUUGCCCGGAUUCGGGUACAGAGGCGGAAUUCAAGUCAAAAAGAAGAUCGCAAAUUAGCACGUCGAGUAGCUCGGUGCCCGCUGACGGAAGCACUCAUGGCUCCACGCCAACCCCGCCGCCUUUACCCGAGAGAACAGACAGUCUGAAUAAUCGAAACGAGGAGGCCGAGCUACGCAAGGCGCCCUGGUUCCAAGCUGGAAUACCCAGAGAGAUAACGCUGGAGGUAUUGAGCCAAGAGCCGGAAGGAGCGUUCAUGGUGCGAGAGAGUACCAGUAAGCCCGGAUGUUACGCCCUCUCCCUCCGCGUGCCCCGUGAAUUCCAGCCGAGCGGAAUAGCCCAUUAUCUCAUAAUGCGUACAAACAAAGGAUACAAAAUCAAAGGCUUCACAAAGGAGUUCACGACGCUGACCGCACUAAUAACUCACCAUUCGGUCAUGCCAGAAUUAUUGCCAUGCCCGUUGUCGUUAAGCCGAUAUAAUCCGAGCUUCGUCAAGACUGAUUCCAGCAAGGAUUUCGCGGACAUCGAUUCAGACCCCGAUUACAAUACUCUGGCGGAUUUUCGCAAAAUGAUGGCCGAUCUAAACGUUUAGAGCGAACCGUCGAAAAUAAUCAUUUGCAUGGAAUAUUUACGUAUGCUCCAUUUUUUCUUUUUUACGAAAACGUCUAUCGAUUCACGAUUGGAAAGAAUUGAGGCACUAUUUGAGGUACAUUUUGGUACCUGGAUUAAAAAAUUGUGUGCCAUUGAAUGUAAAGAGCCAAUAUCGUACUUGCUCGAUUGUCACGAAGAGAACGGAAAAAUCGAUAUUGGCAGAACACAAAGUACGUAUUUAAGCGACGCUUAGUUAUCAACUUAUGUUCCGAAAAGACUCGCACAACCACCAGUGAUACAUACUCGUAAGUCAUUAAUAAUGAUAAGGAAUACGUAGCGUAGAGAUAAUUUAAUAACUGCUAGUGUUGUGUGGACGCGUGCGACUGUGGAAUAGUAAUGCCGAACAAUUUUUUAUAUUACACGCACGCUUAGAGCGAGAUAUUAGUUUUAAGCUUGUUACAGCAGGUGAAGCGAAACACAAAUUGUCGUUUGUCAAAAAAUCCUCUAAAAAAUUUUUUAGUAAAUUAUUUUCGCGAAAGGGAGUAUAUUAGAGCAAUCAUGUUAAGAAUUAUGAUCUUUUUACGAGUUUCUCUGUUGUUAGACUGACUUUCAAAGUAAAUCGAAUUUUCUUAUCGUUUGGAUCGUUCUUGAUAAAUGUAACGAGACCAAAAGAUUAAUUAUGAUAUAUUAUUGUUAUAAAAUACAUUGAAUAAUUGAUGGGUUAAAUAAAAGCAUCGAUAAAUUUUACAAAAAUAUAAUUUCUCAAGCUUUAAAAA